AUAUAAGUAGGUAAUGGUGCUCUAUCCUAAGCUAUUAAUAUUAUGUGUAUAUUCUCAAGAGGCUCUCAACUUCCUUAGACUCUCAAUUUUUUUCCUCAAAUUCUCUACAUUUUUUCUAAACUCAAUUCACAACUAGGCUUUGUGUCAUUUUUGUUUUGAUAAAAAAGAAAAAUGGGAAGACAACCUUGUUGUGAUAAAGUAGGGUUGAAAAAAGGUCCAUGGACUGCAGAGGAAGACAAGAGGCUCAUCAAUUUCAUCCUUACUAAUGGUCAAUGUUGCUGGAGAGCUGUCCCUAAAUUGGCAGGGCUAUUAAGGUGUGGAAAAAGUUGUAGACUUAGAUGGACAAAUUACUUGAGGCCAGAUUUAAAGAGAGGACUUUUAUCAGAAUAUGAAGAAAAAAUGGUGAUUGAUCUUCAUGCUCAACUUGGAAACAGAUGGUCUAAAAUUGCUUCUCAUCUACCAGGAAGAACGGAUAAUGAAAUAAAAAAUCAUUGGAAUACUCACAUAAAGAAAAAGCUCAAGAAAAUGGGAAUUGAUCCUCUAAGUCACAAACCACUAAGUCACAAACCACUAGUACCCACUAAUGCAACUAAUAAUCAAACCCAAAAUCAACCAAUAGAAGAACAACAGCUACAACCAAUACAAAAAGAACAACAAAACCAACAACAACCUUUGACAAUUAACAUUAAUGAUACCAAAUUUGAAUCUAAAAUUGAGGACAUUGAGAAGCAAGAGACUUCAAUUGAGUCAUCAACCAUCAUUGAAGUCAAAGAAAAAGAUGAUAUUACAAUAAUACCCUCAUUUGACACAAUGGAGCUAAUGGAUGGAUUUUGUAUUGAUGAAGUUCCAAUGAUAGAGCCUAAUGAGAUUAUAGUGUCUAAUACCUCUUCAUCCACUUCUUCAUCAUCUUCAUCAAAUUCAACUAAUUUCCUUGAAGAUCUUCAUGAUCUCCUUGAUUUUGAAUGGACUAAUAAUAAUAACAAGGAAGAGGACAAUGCCAACAAUAUGGCAUUUUGGGAUGAUGACUUUAUUAGUAGCUUGAAUUUGCUAAUUAAUGAUGAUGAUUAUGGUGUUAAUAAUGGUAAAAGAAAUCAAGAAUUUGAUGCUCAUGCUCCUCUUAGCAACAACUCAAGAAUGGUCACGGAUUCAGAAUCUUGGGCAUAUGAUUUGUUUUGAUUUGAAUUUUCUUUGUAAUUUGCUUCUAAGUUUUUUUUUUUUUUUAACACGAAAAAAAUAUUUGCUUAUAAGUUUUUAACGAUGAAUCAUGAAUCAUCGGUUAGGAAGAAUACAAAAAUGUUUAGCAUUAUUUUUCACUUGAUUUUAGCUUGUCAUAUAAUAAAAAGAAAAAUUGUACAAGAUGAUGGAAAUGUUUAUUGCCAACUUUUGAAAGUCACUUUCAAAUUUA